AUGGGAUCGGUGCUCAACCAGCAGUAUCCAACGGGGGCGCGUAAAAGUGGAGAUGAACCCGGGAAAUUGCCGGAACAAGAAGAGGAAGAAGAAGAGGAGGAGGAGGAGGAGGAAACCCAGGUUUUGCACGGAACAGGCCAUUGCAAGUGGUUUAAUGUGAGAAUGGGAUUCGGAUUUAUUUCCAUGCUCAACCGCGAGGGAAGCCCUUUGGAGUCUCCGGUUGAUGUCUUUGUACACCAAAGCAAGCUUUUCAUGGAAGGAUUUAGAAGCCUAAAAGAAGGAGAACCAGUGGAAUUUACUUUUAAGAAAUCUUCCAAAGGCCUUGAAUCAAUACGGGUAACAGGUCCAGGUGGGAGUCCCUGUUUAGGAAGUGAGAGACGACCCAAAGGAAAAACAGUACAGAAAAGAAAGCCAAAGGGAGAUAGAUGCUACAAUUGUGGUGGCUUCGAUCAUCAUGCUAAGGAAUGUAUUCUACCUCCACAGCCAAAGAAGUGCCAUUACUGUCAGAGCAUCAUGCACAUGGUGGCAAACUGUCCGCUUAAAACUGUUCCACAGCAGCCCACGAGUUACCAGGGAAGAUAUGAAGCUGACACUCAGCCAUCCACAUCAGCCUUCCUGAGGGAAGGAGGAGGAGGAGCCUAUGGCUACACUUCUCCAUCCUAUUCUCUAGAAGGAAGGCCAGAUAUCUUACAGCAUUCAGGAAAGUCACCUCAAGAAGCUGCUUCAAGUAAGUUUUCUCCAUCGCCUGAAGAGCAAAACCGGAAGGGACCAUCAGUUCAAAAAAGAAAAAAGACUUAA